CACGCGCCCCCCCUGCCCCGCCCCGCCCCCUCCUCCGCCAUGAGAGCUGCCGCCAUCUUCCCCGAGCCUGGGUGCCGCCGCCGCCUCCUCCUCUUUCUGGUGUCCUGGUUUUUUAAUCCAGCAAGAAGUGAAAUAACAAGCCUCGAUGGUGGGAAUAUAGAUGAUACUUUAAACAAUGCAGAUGUUGCUUUAGUGAAUUUUUAUGCUGAUUGGUGUCGUUUUAGUCAAAUGCUGCAUCCUAUUUUUGAGGAAGCUUCUAAUGUCAUUAAAGAGGAUUUCCCAGAUAAGAAUCAAGUUGUGUUUGCCAGAGUAGAUUGUGAUCAGCACUCGGACAUAGCUCAAAGGUACAGGAUAAGCAAAUAUCCAACUCUGAAAUUGUUCCGGAAUGGAAUGAUGAUGAAGAGAGAAUAUCGGGGUCAGAGAUCGGUGACAGCCAUAGCAGAUUAUAUCCGACAACAGAAAAGUAAUCCUAUUCGAGAAAUACUCAGCUUGGAAGAAAUUAAGUCUCUAGAUCACAGUAAAAGAAAUAUUAUUGGAUACUUUGAACACAAAGACUCUGAUAAUUACAAGACUUUCGAAAGAGUAGCAAAUAUUUUGCAUGAUGACUGUGUCUUCCUUGCUGCAUUUGGGUCUGUUUCCAAACCAGAACGGUUUAGUGGGGACAACGUGAUCUAUAAGCCACCUGGGGAAAAUGCUCCAGAUAUGGUUUACUUGGGCUCCAUGACCAAUUUUGAUUUGGCUUAUGCAUGGACUCAAGAUAAAUGUGUUCCACUUGUUCGGGAAAUUACAUUUGAGAAUGGAGAGGAAUUGACAGAAGAGGGCCUUCCUUUUCUUAUACUCUUUCAUAUGAAAGAUGACACAGAAAGUCUAGAGAAGUUCCAGCAGGAAGUUGCACGGCAGUUAAUAAGUGAAAAGGGUACGAUAAACUUUUUACACGCUGAUUGUGACAAGUUCAGACAUCCACUCCUCCACAUUCAGAAGACUCCAGCAGACUGUCCUGUCAUUGCUAUUGACAGUUUUAGGCACAUGUAUGUCUUCCCAGACUUCAGUGAUGUGGCUACUCCAGGUAAACUCAAGCAAUUUGUACUAGAUUUGCACUCUGGGAAACUGCACAGGGAAUUUCACCAUGGCCCAGAUCCAACUGAUGUAGCACCUGGUCAGCCACUUCAAGACAUAGUAAGCAGCCCACCUGAAAGUUCAUUCCAGAAACUAGCACCCAGUGGACAUAGAUACACCUUAUUGCGGGAAAAAGAUGAACUCUGAAAGCUCGAAACCAUCUCAUAAGCCUUUCAAAACAGCAGCCGUGACUCCUGUGGGGUGGAAAUAGGAAACCUAUAUUUUCAUAAAUUCUCUGUGUUUUUAUUUUUAAACUUUUUUUUUCUUUGCUCCCUGCAGUUUGUAAAUACGUAAGUGUCAUUUUGGACAGCAUCUUUCCAAAGUUCUUAUUUCAUCAAAUUGUUAAGUAAAACUUUUUUAAAAAUCCAAAUGAAGGUGUUGACAUGGCCAGCAACAUGCUGUUAACUUGCACUAUCCCAUUAACAGGACUUCUAGGUUUCCUUUGGUGUAAUCGGACCGCCUUAUCCUUUACUUCCACAUGAACAUCAUUUUGUUAAUUUGUUUAUUGAUGGGCUAUUCUGGAUACUUGGGAGGGAAAUAAAUUACAAUUUUACAUAA